UUCCCUUUGAAGGACAUUUCUUCCCUUUUUUUUUUUUUUUUCGCUGUAGAAAGGACUUUUCUUUUCAAAGUCUGGACUUGUCUCUACUGGGAAUUUGGGAGCAUAUUUUCCCUGUAUUUUCCCAUUCACCGUCCCGCACGCUACGAGUCUCUCCCUCUUCCUUUUUCCUUCUGGGUUUCUGUUUUUUCUUCUCUGCUAGGCUCUUGCUUUGUCCCUAAAUCAUGGAGUCCUUGUACGACCAAGAUGUUUCCAACCCCAGCGAUGAAGAGGAUGCUGAUGCUGAUGCUGAAGUGGUGGUCGUCGUCAACGAUGGAAUUCCCAGUUCUAUUGAUGAAUUGAGGCCCGAAAAUUCCAACUACAACGUCCUGAGUGAAGCAGAUAUACGCCAACGGAUGGAGGAUGUCAUCACCGGGCUUUCGACGGUUCUCUCUGUUUCCAAAGACGAGGCGGGUAUCUUGCUCCGUCACUACAAGUGGAGUUUUACUGCGGUUACUGAAGCGUGGUUCUUGGACACAAUUAAAACCCGUAAAAGAGUUGGAUUGUCAGAGAACCCGCCGGUUCAAUUCCCCGCUGGAGCUGGCGAUUCUGCUUGUGGGAUCUGUUCUCAACGUCUUUCUCUCGAUGGGAUUAUGUGGGCUAAUUGUGCUCACUCCUUCUGCGGCAAUUGCUUGGCUACUCACAUCGGAACACAAUUCAGUAACCCCGCCGGAGGUUUCUUGACGAUCAGGUGCCCUGACCGGUCGUGCGGCGCUGCUCUCAGCCAAGAAGUGAUCGAUAAGAUUGCGACGGAGGAGCAGAGGGAAAAUUUUUCAAGGAUGCUAUUGAGGUCUUUUGUCGAGCAUAAUAAGGGCAUCAAAUGGUGCCCCAGAGAAGGCUGCAAAUAUGCUAUUGAAUUAUCUGCCUCUGCUUCCACUCCCGACGUUACUUGCCUCUGUUCUCAUAGCUUUUGCUGGAACUGCCUCAAUGAAUAUCACCAUCCGGUGACAUGUGACACUGUUGCAAUGUGGAUGUGCACAAUUUUUGACCCAGAAAUCAGUACCAGGAACAUGAUAGUAAUGAGCACCAAGCCAUGUCCAAAUUGCAAAAGGCCGAUUGAGAACCCUGGUGAUGAAAGCCGCGUGAUCUGCAUUGCACCCUGCUAUUUUGUGUUCUGCUGGGAGUGCCUUGAAGCAUGGGACAUUGGAAUGAGUUUUGACCAUACCUGCAAUCCACAUAAUGGGCUAAGUAAACAAAUACAGAAGCAACGGGAAUCAGCAAGCAAGUAUUUCCAAUGUUAUAAUGGAUGGGAGGAUAAUGAUAUUUUAAAGACCAGUGCUCUUUUUGACCUAGAGACUGCCAAAAGAGAGCAUAUCGGUAAAAAUCUUGCUAAAGUUGAUCUCAAUUUCUUAGUGGAAGCCUGGAAACAAAUAGUAAAAUGCAGACAAAUUUUGAGGUGGACAUAUGUGUACAAGUAUUUUAUACCAGAGAAUGAGGAAAAAAAGAUUCAGCUGUUCGACAUCUUACUGGGGCAGGCAAUAGAUACUCUUGAGAAGCUGCAUUCUAGUACUGAGAGGGGAGUAUGCCGCUUCAUCCUCACCAAUUCAGAGGAUUACAAUGGGUAUCGCAGGCAGCUUGUUAAACUCACUGCAGUCACCGGAAAUUAUUUCCAGAAUUUCGUUAAGGCAUUGGACAAUGACUUAUAUGAGGUCAACUGCAAAUCUGAUACAGCAAGCAUUAAAAUUGAAUGAUUUUUCUACUAUAGCAAAGGGAUUCAGGUUGUAACUAGUCCAACUCUUUAGUUUUGUUUUUCUAUAUCCCAACAUUUAGUAUCUGAUGCGUGUUAUGAAUUAGAUUUCAUUUUGGUGCACUUUACCAAAGGUUCGAAUUACCUGCAGUUUGUUAUAUAAGCCUCCAUGAGACUUUGCUCUUAGUAGUGAUUCGUCUGCUGAAAGAUGCAUUUACACCAUUGAUUUACAAUGUUUCUUUUUUUCAUGAUGCAUCAAUUUAAUGCUCAGGAAACCAAAAAGAUGAGAUAUGCCCUCUCGAAGUUUGAAGCUUAUUGAUGAAUAAUUCUGCUCCUCCUUUCAAUGCUUUUCAACUGAUCAAGUACUACACUGGAUUUUCACUUUCCUGGUUUGUUUCUGCUCACACAUACAAAACUAUAGUCCUUCAAUAGGAUUUAGUGACCAAAGAAAGAAAAUUGAAAGAUCAGUGUUUUCUUAUGAUCCUACUAUCAGGCCCCACGAUUUAUUAAGCAUGUUGUUUAAGAAAAUUCCGCAUGGGUUUUUGUGCCCUGGCUCUAGAGUUAGCAGAGGAGAUUAGUAUGUGGAACUCCAUCCAGUGUUUAUACUCAGUCAUAAUAGGGCAAAAUUUCCCACGGAUGAUUUGUCAGGAACACUGCAACAGCAAUGCCCAAUUUUGCACUUUGCUUGUAAGAGAAGAUAAUCCAUUUCAAUCCAUGUUGGAAUUGUCUGAAAACAGAUCCUUGGAGUUGUGUGGUUGUAUUUAUUUUUUGAGGAAUCAAAAUUUAAAAUUCUU